UCUUGCGUUAGAAGAAGAGUUGGUUAUUAGUUUAGGGUUUAGGAUUAAGAAAAUGUAUGGUUUAUUUUCAAUUUGGCGAAGUCGUAAAACUUUCCCUCCCCAUAUGGGGUAACUAACCAAUUUACUGCAAAACUGAAAGCAUUUGAUUUGAUACUUGCAACCGUGAUGAGACCCCUUUUCCAAACGAAGCAGUUGUUGGCGGUUAGGGUUCAGAGGCAUCAGUUAUGGCACGACUCUCGAGACGUGAAGGUUUCGGUGUGGUGGGAUUUCGAGAACUGCCAGGUGCCGGCGGGGGUUGACGCUUCGAAGGUGGCGCCGGCGAUCACGAAGGCGGUGAGAGCGAGUGGUAUUAAGGGCCCUCUCCGAAUCAACGCUUUUGGUGAUGUUCUGUUGCUGUCAAAAUCCAACCAGCAAGCACUUUCUCACACCGGCAUUGAUUUCACCCACAUUCCAGGUGGAAAGAACAGUGCCGAUAGAUUUAUUCUCAUGAAUCUUAUGGACUGGGUUUCUCAAAAUCCUCCUCCUGCCCAUCUCUUUUUGAUAUCUGCUGAUGGAGACUUUGCUAGAAUGUUACACCAGUUAAGAAUGCAUAAUUACAAUAUAUUACUUGCUAGCACAAGGAAUGCUCCUGGUGUCCUCUGUAGUGCAGCAACUAUAAUAUGGCAAUGGUCUUCAUUAAUAAAGGGGGAACAUCUCUCUGGAAAACAUUUAAACCUUCCUCCUGAUGGUUUGUUUAGUUCUUGGUAUGGAAAUUACAAUGUGAUUCCUGACAAACCAUUCUCAGAUGUUGAGAAGUCUGCAUCUUCACAAAAAGUGAACAUAUACAAACCUUCCUUAGAUUUGCAAACUGUUCCAAAAAAAGUUGUAAUACAGGUUUGCCGUAUAUUGAGAUCACAUCCAAAAGGAAUCUCAAUUGGAGAUCUUCUUAUAGAGUUGAAGAAACGUAAAGUGAAUUUUGGUAAAAAGUUUUAUGGAUGUGGCACAUUUUCUCGCUUUCUACUAUCAACACUGCAUGUAGAGCUUGAGCCUUUAGGCUUUGGUAAUUUUCAUGUAUGUCUGAUCUCCUCAGAAUCCCCCAAACCUUUUGAGGGCAAAGAUGUGGAAUCAGUAUCAUCUUGUAUAAAGAUGGAUGAGAAGGGAUCUGUAGCAACUCCAAAGCUAAAUGGUGAGGAUAAAAACAAGGUUAGAAAAGCAAAUUGGACACCCUUAACUGCCUCAUCCCAUGAAAGGAGUAUGGAUGAUGAUUCAAAAUCAUCACUUUUAUCGGUUGAAAGCCCAGAUGCGUUGCAGAAAUUUUCAGUGCAUAGUGGGAAGGUUGUUGAUAUGACUACUGAACAACUGUCAGGGUUUCAACCACAACACAGGCACAACCAACUUUCCAAAACUAAGCCAGAUUCCUUAAAAUUGAGUUCAAGUUCUAAAACAUUAUCUGGUUGUGACACUGUUGGCUCUGAGGAUGCAAUUUAUAGAAUUCAGGAAAAGUACACAACUUCAAGGAAUCACUCUGCUGGAAAUAAUCAGACAGCAAAAGAAGACAUUGUUUUUGUAACCUAUGAAUCUGCUAAUGUUAGAGCAAUGAACAAAUACGAGAAUUCAACUAGAAAAGAGGUUGAUGAAGUUUGUCACUGCCCAUAUUCUACAGAAGCUGAUCACUCUCUGCUUGACAAAAUACCUAGUGGAAGUGAUAAAACUAAUAGGAAUGGUCCAACAUUCUUUGUCUGGAUCAGAAACUGGUGGCAAUUUUGGAAAGGAAAUGCAGAAUCUGAUGUUUCAGCUGAUUGUCAUAACAAGGUGGUUAGUCAUUUCAAGGAUUCUAACCCAUCUGAGCUCGUAGAGCAAACAGUUCAGGUUGUGAGUGAUUUUAAAGAACCCAAUUUAUCAGAGCUGGACCAGCCUGAGUUAUUUUCUAGCGGUUGCUUUUGGGAUGACAUAGAAACUUUUGUUUCCACGCUCAAAGGAUCAUUUAUUGUUUCCCAGUCGAAAAACAGGGAGGAUAUGGCGUAUAAAUUGCUAAAUGAUGGACCCCCAGUUUUAAGAUCUCUCACUGAAGAAGAUAUUCUUCAAUUGGUGGAGUUGUUAAUAUCAGAGAAAAAGUGGCUGGAGGAAAUCCCGUCCCAAAUAUUUCCUUUUAGGGUAAUUAAACCAGUUCAGGGGAAGUCAUUGACGGGCCAAUCUCAGGCUGCAAAUGGUUUGAGGUCCCUCUUUCUGAGCAGAUCGUCACAAUCCAAGUUGCAAAAAUCAUCUGAACAUAAGAGUAUUCCUAAAUCUGGAGUUUCUGCAACUGAUACUGAAACGAAAUAUAAGGGGAUGUCUAUAAAGGAUAUAUUAGAAGAUUGUUAGUAACCUGUGGGUGAGAUAUUGAGGGAAAACCCUGAUGGAUAUAGUAUCAGUUCUUUCCCAAGGCUGUUUGUUGAUAGGUACGGCUAUCAUCGUGAUUUACAGAAGCUGGCAUAAUGCCAGAAGUUAAAGUAGAGUCACUUAUAGUUAGUGCCUCUGAAGGGAAAACUUUUAAUCUCAAAAACUCAAGUAACCACUUCCUAUCAUGCUCGUGCAGUUUCAAACUCAGUGAAUUAUGUGAUUCAGCCCCCCAAAGAUGAUAGCAUCAAAUCUCAAUUGGAAGAAUUAUGUCUUGUUUCUAUCAAUCAAUCCAGCCGAUAAAUCUGGAGUCAGAAUUAUGUCAGAAAGCCAAAGUCUUCAAAGUUUUGAUUAUGAACCUGUAGAAGCUUAACGAAAGAGAAAAAAGUUUCUCCAAAGAUUUUAGGUUAGAGAUAAAUACAAUUCAAAACAGAUAAUAUAAAUUAUUCUAACAUUUUCCCUUAAAGUUAGAGCAUAUAAAUGGAAUGUUCUAAGCUUGAAACUUACGAACUGAAUUUGAUCUUUUCUCAGGGAUUUUGCUACAAUAUCAAAUUGAUUAUUGGAGUCAACAAAUUCAGUGUAAAUUUCUUUAACUGGUACAAAUUUCCUUCAACGGUAGGGUUGGAAAGAAAGUAAAAGAAUGGUUUAACUUUCAUAAUAUAUAAUCUUUUGUUGAAUUUCACAAAAAACACAGUAUCAAUAUUUAAUAUUGGAAUUUUGCUAUUUGACUCAAUUUUAAUGGCACAAGCGUAUUUACAACCAUCUGU